AUGUUACUUUCUUCUGUUACUCUUCUUUGUGUUUCUUUUUCUUCUCUCGAGAUUACAAAAGCUCUUCUUUUUUCCCUUUCUUUCUUUCAUUCUUUCUUUCUUUUCUUUUCUUUCUUUUCUUUUCCUUUCCUUUCUUUCUUUCUUUCUUUCGUUUCUUUUCCUUUCUUUCUUUCUUUCUUUCUUUUCUUUUCCUUUCUUUCUUUCUUCCUUUCUGUUCAUUUCUUUCUUUCUUUUCUUUUCCUUUCCUUUCCUUUCUUUCUUUUCCUUUCAUUCUUUCUUUCUUUCUUCCUUUUCUUUUCCUUUCCUUUCUUUCUUUUCCUUUCUUUCUUUCUUUCUUUCUUUCUUUCUUUCUUUCUUUCUUUCUUUUCCUCUCUUUCUUUCUUCCUUUCUGUUCCUUUCUUUCGUUCUUUUCUUUUCCUUCCUUUCUUUCUUUCUUCCUUUCUGUUCCUUUCUUUCUUUUCUUUUCCUUUCUUUCUAUUCGUUUCUUUCUUUUCUUUUCUUUUCUUUCUUCCUUUCUUCCUGUUCCUUUCUUUCUUUCUUUCUUUCUUUCUUUUCUUUUCCUUUCUUUCUUCCUUUCUUCCUGUUCCUUUCUUUAUUUUCUUUUCCUUUCUUUCUUUCUUCCUUUUCUUUUCCUUUCUUUCUUUCCUUCUUUCUUUCUUUUCCUUUCUUUCUUUCUUUCUUUCUUUCUUUCUUACUUUAUUUUGUUUUCCUUUCUUUCUUUCUUUCUUUCUUUUCUUUUCCUUUCAUUAUUUCUUUAUUUAUUUUUUUAUUUAUACUUUUUUCCGCCUUUCAUUAUUUCUUUCUUUCUCUUUACUUUGCCCAUUAUACUCGUAUAAUCCGACUCUUUCUUCUUUUUAUUUUAUAUUUUUUUCCGUUUUCUUUUAUUUUUCUUUCAUUCUUUUCCCUUUUUUUUAUUUCUUUCAUUCUUUCCGGACGUUCUAUCUGACAAGAACCGAAUUUUUAUUAUUUUGUUUUUGUAUUAUCUUAUUUGUCAUUCAUUUAUUUUUCGUUUUCGCUUUCUUUCUUUCUUUCUUUUAUUCUAUCAUGUAUAUUUCUUUCUCAUUUAUUAAUUUAAUCUUUCGCUCCUGCAUAUUUCUUUCUUUCUGUUUUGUUUUCUUUACCAUAUUGAGUUCUUUCUUUCUUUCUUUCUUUCUUUCUUUCUUUCUUUCUUUCUUUCUUCAUUAUUUCUUUUCCCUACUCAAUCGCGUAGCUGUUCUUCCAAUAAAUGAAUUUAACCAUGAUGGUGAUAAGCACAGAACUCAAAAUAUAUCGAUUAGAACAGGUAACGGUCUGAAGUGA